AUGUUGAAUAUUUGUGUAGCUUUGUUGAUAGUUUUAAGUAGCAUUAGCUAUUGUAAUACAGCUAUUUACAAUAAAUAUGCAGAUAUGAUUAAUGAAAAUUAUACAAAAGUUGGAAGAGAUUGUGUUCAAAGUUAUGAAUUAAAUUUUUAUAAAAAUGCGACAAAGUUUAAUUUAUUUUCCGCUUGGUCAAGCUUCAACUUUAGCUAUAAAUAUGGAAAUUCUCAUGACUUUGGUAACAUUUUAGUCUGCAAGAAUGUCGAUGUCAAGGAACUAUCAACACAAUAUUGUCUGGUUCAGUAUUUUAGCUCUGACAUGAUUUUUCCAGUUCCACCAAAGUUAUCAGCAUAUCAGAAUAUUUGGACAAACCUUGAUGCUUCAUUUCUUGGUGCUGUUUGUGUUCCUUCUUCAUGCUCAGUCGGGGAUGUUAAGAACGUCUUAGAAUCUAUGUUUGUAGACAGAAAUCUGACAUUUGGAGAUAAAAUUGAUUGCAAAAAGGAAUUCAACAAAAAGUCUGAAGAUGUGAUUGAAAAUUUGGCAAUUUCGAUGCUUAAUUGGUUGAAUUUGAAGAGAGUUGUAUUAUUCGCCGGAAUUCUAUUAGUUUCCAUUAUUUUAUCAUUCCUGAAGAUCGAGAAUCUUAGUGUAUUAUUUAUUGUCAAAGACUUGUUCAACUGCAACACCAAAACCUCAUCAACUGCUUAUCUCAACGGAUUAAAAGCUAUAACAACAAUUUUAAUUAUUUUGUACCACUGUUUAAUAACAAGAAUCAUAUUUCCAUUCAAAGGUGGAGAAAAUUUACAAGAACUUCUAACUGGAGCCUUCUAUCUACCCAUACAAACUGUUGGUUCCUUAAUGGAAAUAUUCUUUAUUAUUGGUGGGAUUUUGACUGCAAAAACUCUAUCUAAAGAAUUUGAUAAAGACAACAAUAAGUUCUUAUUAAUUUUAAUGUUUUAUAUCAAAAGACUGAGUCGCCUAGUUCCAGUUACAGCACUUAUAAUAGUGCUAACACUCACGUCAAAUUCUGAGAACUUAGUACCAUACAGCUUCGGUAUUGAGAAAGAAAAUUGCAAGAAAUUUUGGUGGAUGGCAUUGAGUUUCAACUUUAUGGAUGUGACUAAAAUCUACGCUGGAUACAUCUGGUUCGUAUCAGUCUAUCUACAGCUGACACUAAUGGCACCUUUUGUCUUUUGGAGUACAAAACAGGAAAAAUUUGGAUAUGGUAUCAAAUAUUUUGUUUUACUUGCAUCAACAGUCAUCAGAUUCAAUCACACAUUUGAUGGAUAUUACGACAUGCUGUUUAGUGAUCAAGGAUUUGAUUUAUUAAAUCUCAUUAAUUCAUGCCAUCAUUCAGAUGGAAAGUUCAAAAAGAUUUUAUCAAGUAAAUUUUGGACACCAAUCUCGAAAAUGAGUCUUAGCAUUUACCUCAUGUCAGCGUACAUCCAGUUUACAAUUUAUGAGCGACAACUUGAACCACUUGAAGUUAAGAACGAGCUCCAUUUUUACUGCCACUAUCACUACAAGUCUGAGUGCACGUCUAGCAAUAAAACACUAAAGAUCAAAAAAUGUAGGACAAGUCCAAUUGCUCGAUACAAUUCAAUGUUAAUUUUUGAAGCUGAAGUAACGAAGAAGGUCAAUCAUGCAUUUCUUGACCUUCAAUUAUUAUACAAAUCUCCAAACUCACGAAACUACAAUCAAGUCUUUAAUUUCAAAAAUAUCAAAUUAUGUGAAGUUGUUGUCAAUCCGUUGCUUCAUUUCAGCAAUUUCUUCGUUGAAUGUAAGAAAAAUUAUCCAAAUUUAUGUCGUGAAUGUCCAGUCUUGCCAGGUCCUGUAGCUUUAAAUUACACAGAAAGUAUGGCUGAUGGUGGAUGUCCAAAAGUUGCUAAUAGUAACAAGCCAACACUACAAAGUGGUGGAUGGUUUCCAGAUGGCGAUUAUAAGACUUCCAUAAAGAUUUAUUCAAAGGAUGAUCCGGAAGGCUUGCAGAUUUAUUAUUAUUUCAAGAUUAAAAAUGGCGAUAAUAAAUCAGGCUUUUAA